GUUAUUCUUAAAAUUCCCAUGAGAGGGCAACCUUGAAAAUCUCUCAACAAUUGAGGUUAUGUUGCGUUAAUGUUUAUUUGAGAAACAAAUAUCAACUCAGAAUAAUAAUAAUGAUUUUUAACUUUCGCCUUUAAGUAACUUAAAUUACAUAUAUCAUUCAUCAAAUUUAAAAAUUAAAUCGAUAAUUAUCAUAUGGAGUUUUACGAUUUAUCAGUAUCUUUUAUUUUGAAUGAUUCACAGGAAUAAUUACAAAUAAGAGGUAUUUCAAACGAAAUUUAUAAUAUGGAUAAGAAAAAUACAUUAAUUCAAAAAGAACAAUUUAAUACUCUGAAAUCAAAAAUUACCAUCAAAUUAAUUGGGGAUGCUAAUGAUUUAUCAGAACUAGUAAGUGAUAUAAAUUCAGAAUAUCACCUUAAUGCCGAAUUCAAUAAACAAGCACCGGUAAAAACAAAAAGUGAAUUGAAUUUUGAACCAUCGAAAAAAAAAUUAAAAAUGAAAGAAGAAAUUUUAGCACAACGUGUAGUUUUAGUUGUGCCAAAAAAUUCAUCUUUGAAUUAUCCAAGUCCUAAACAUGAAAAUAAAUUGACUUCUAUUGAAAAUCAAAAAAGAAAUUUUGAAACCAGUUUGCAACUUCAAGAUCCAAAAAUAAAAAAUUAUCAGCAAAAUAAUAAUUCAUGUACCCAAAAUACAGUUGAAGAUGACAGUAAAAAAAAUCUAUCCAUGAAUGGUGAUAAAGACACAAAUUCAGACAGAAAAAAAUUGCUAGAUUUAACUGUAAAUUUUAGAGAAGGAAUGAAAAAGUAUAAAAAUGAGCAUAAAAAACUUAAUCAUAAUAUUGACAAUGUAAAUUUGAAACAGGUGACUGACUCUCAACCCUUAUCCAAGCAACUGAAUGAAGAAACAAAUCGAAGUUUUGAAUCUGUCUGUGACAUAAAUAAAGUACAAACAAUCGAAAAGCCUUUCCAAUCAGAGGAUUCUUUAACAAAACCUUUAAAGAGAAAAUUUAGUGUAGCACAAAAUAUUAUACAUUCCAACAUAUCAACACAAAAGUUGAAAAAUACCUUGCAACCAGUACCAAAAAGAAAUCCAACUCAAGAUACGUUCAUUUUGAAUCGUUUAACUCCAUUGAAAAUAUUACAUUCACCAAUCGUGUUAAGAAAGAGUCAUCCAACAAACUAUUUUAAACAAAAUAAACUUUCAAAGGAAGAAAAAAAAGCUACUACGAAUACUGAUUCUGUACAUGCUAAAACUAUGGAAGAUAACACAUCAUCCUCUUCAUUAUUUAACAGUCACAUAGAAACAACGGAUUCUUCUACAGAAAGCAAACUCGCUAAUAUUGCGACCGAGAAUCAAUCAUCUAAAGAUAUAAAAACGAAUAAUUCCCUGCUUCAUAAAACGAAUUUCGAUUCAAGUCUUAAUCCACUUGAAACAAGCAAAACAACUACAGAGUUAUCUUUACCAGAAAAAAACAGUAUUACUACUAAAGAUCAAAAACAACCACCGAAGAACACGAAAGUCGAUAUUUCAUUGCAUACGUAUUCUCUAAAUUCAAAGUUAUCAGAGUCAAAUGCAGAAGUGGAAUCUAAAAUCCAACAAACAAUUGUUCCUUCGGAAGCCAUAAAUAGUAAAACAAUUCAACCUAUACUUGAUAAAAAGGAGGAAAGUUUAUCGCAGAAGUUGAACAAUCAUGAGUGCACAAAUAACUUGAAAACCCCUGAAAAUAAAAAAUAUUGUGUAUCAAUAAGCCCGAACAAAAUACUUCAUGAAACUUGCAACAAAAAACAGCUUAUCAAAUCGCCGCAGGUUAAGGUAAAUGGUCUCAUGAUUCGAGCACCAGAUCGGAAUUUAUUAAAUAAUCCAGCAUUGAAAGAAAAAAUUCAAGAAUUUCGACUAUCCAAUAAACCUUUCGAAAAAGUGUCUUCUAUACUCAUUAAAAAUACACAACAUGAAUCGAAAGAACAGAAAAAUAACUCUGUAACAUUACCAGAAGUAUCAGAAAGUUUGGUAUCUACAACAACAGUAGAAUCUGGCCAGUCUGAUAAAAACAUAAAAGAUUGUCAAUGUGAACAACUUCGUCAAGAAGUCAAUGAGCAAUGGAAAAUAAUAACAAGUUUAAGAUCACGUAUAAAUAAAUCACUAAAUACGAGUCAAAAGGAAUGCGACUCGUUUAUUGAAGAAAAAAGUCAAACAAUAAAUGAUGAACAUAUAUUGGAAAUGUUAGUAAAAGAAUUAGAAGAAACAAAUAGAAAAAUAACGGAAAAUUUAAGAAGGGAACAAAUACGUAACAAGAAAUUAAAAUUAACUUUAAAACAUAAAAAUAUCCGUAUAAAGCAACUUGAAAGUAAACUAAAAACAGUGUCAAAAAUUUUUGAGGAAACCGAAAAAAGUGUAGUUUGUUUAAGAAAUCUAAUGCAAUCAUCAAAUGGAAUAACACAUUCAAUUUUAUCACAAAACAAUAUUUAUAAAAGAUAGAUUUAAAGAUAUAUAGUGUAUAUGAUUUAAAAUGAAAUUAUUAUAAAUAAUUCUUUCAAAAGUUAAUUCAGUUUAU